AUGGAGGGUGCGACGGAGCAGCAACUGCUGAUGUGGAUGGAUGUUGUUCGAACAGCUGCCUCCCCUGGCUUGGACCUUCGCUUCAUGGACGUGUCAGACGACUUUCAAACAGUGAAGCUUGGAGAUGGGCAGGUCCGUUUAGACCGACUUGAUCUGAUGUGGAUGGAUGCGACGCGUUCAGAUUCGCCUCGUAUACGGAAGGAAAAACCGCGGCGGCAUGAGGUAGGGUACCGACACAUGUGUCGGUUUCAGAGCUCUAAUGUCCUGGAACUGCCGGCUUUUCAACGAAUGCGCUACCUAUUGCACUUGGACUCGGAUGCAACUUUUCAGUGUGAAGGAUCCAGCAGCGUGGACCCCUUCAAGGAGAUGAUCAAAUCCAGAUCCGUUUAUGGGCUCUUUGAGGUUGGACUGGAGGAUCCUGCACACACGCAGGGGUGGUCGAGCUUUGUCAAGGAGUGGGUUCUCCUCAACGACUUGCAGCUUCCGAACCCACCAGCUUCGCUGUCAACAGAUGGAAUCAACGUCACUCUUCCCGUCCGAGUCGACGGCCUCGAGCAGCUGCAAGAAGUACCUCUCGCCUCGCUCUCGCUUACUUGGGGCACCGCCUGGGAGGUGCUCGACCUCGAUUUCUUCCAUCGACCAGAUGUGCUAGAGUUCAGCCGUCGUGUCGAGGCCACGCUUGGGCACUACAGGCAUCUCUGGGGUGACCAUCUCAUUCGCGCCUAUCAGGUGCUUCUCCAUGCGCCGCUCGAGCAAGUACGCUGCUUUGAUGCCAAGGAGCUACCUGGCAGUCAUGGCUGUUCUUCGGAUGGGAUGUUCGAUGCAGAGGAGGUCAAGAGGGGCGAGGACAAGGGCUGGGAGAAUAUCUACCAGGUGGAAGAAGAUAUUUCAUGCCCAGACCUUUGGCUGGAGAACGGAUUGAGAGGUGUUCCUUGGCAGGGCGGUCCUGGAAGCGGGACUUCGCCGAAAGACUGUCUGCAACUGUGCAAUGGAGAAGGCCUGUGCCAGGGCUUCGAUUUUGUCUACUACUCGUCGACUCAGACCGCUGACUGCGUGCUCAGACACGAGCGCGCGACGAGCAAGGUUUGUGAGACCGGCGGCCUUGCGGGUGCCGCCAUGGAAGCUUGGAGCCAGAUCGGACUUGACAGUUCUCUUGUCACGCAGGUUGGAGCGGCAAACCGCUACCAGAUCAUAGAAAGGACCGCUCAGAGGCCGCGGUGGGUGAAGGCAUGA